AUGCGAAGAACUUUUGACAGGCAAAGUGCAAUAUUGAUAGGUGAUUGCACUUUGCCUGUCACAUACAUCUCGACAGAGGCAACAUUCGAUAUGAAAGUUUCUCUGUCGAGAAACUUCCUCACACCUCAAGAGAUGCGAAGAACUUUUGACAGGCAAAGUGCAAUAUUGAUAGGUGAUUGCACUUUGCCUGUCACAUACAUCUCGACAGAGGCAACAUUCGAUAUGAAAGUUUCCUGUCGAGAAACUUCCUCACACCUCAAGAGAUGCGAAGAACUUUUGACAGGCAAAGUGCAAUAUUGA